UGACGGAAGGAAAAGUAAAAGGAUUGAAGCAGAAGAGAAAUCCAAGUUGGCGACUGGCGAGGGCCGUUGGAAAUUUGAGGCGACUCAGGUUCACCCGCAGAGAAGACGGCAUUUAAAUAGUUGUGGAAAAGGAAAGGAGGAGCGUCGAGGCAGGAAUGGAGCGAGAGCGGAAAGGCCGUUCCAUAGUACUGUUGCCAUCGCCAUUACAAGGCCACAUCGCGCCGCUACUGGAGCUCGCAGACAUCCUCUUCUCCCAUGGCUUCUCCAUCAUCAUCACCCACACCCUCUUCAACUCUCCCAACUCUACUGCCUAUCCUCACUUCACCUUCGCUCCCUUCCCCGAUCAAUUAUCCGAAUCCGAAGCCUCCACAUCCGAUCCUCUUCACCUCACCAACCUCAUCAACAUCAGAUGCGCGCCUCAUCUCACUCGCUGCUUGUCUCUUUUGUUAUCCGAUCCCUCCCUCGACCCUAUCGCUUGCUUGAUCUCCGACGCCGCCCUUCAUUUCACUCGAUCUGUUUGUGACUCUCUCCAUCUCCCCCGCCUCGUCUUGCGCACCGGUGGCGCAUCGUCCUUUCUGGUAUUCUCUUUGUUCCCCCUUUUGAGACGCAGAGGUUACCUUCCUGUUCAAGAGUGUAGAGGGGAAGAAGCCGUGGCAGAGCUUCCGCCGCUGAAAGUGAAAGACCUUCCAAAAAUUGAGACAAAAGAUCCGGAGGCAUUUUAUGAAUUCGUGUGUCGCAUGAUGGAUGAGCUCAAGUCGUCGUCGGGAGUAAUUUGGAACACAUAUGAAGAGCUGGAAUCAUCUGCAUUGGGGAAACUCACGCUAGAGUUUUCCAUACCCAUCUACCCGAUUGGCCCCUUUCACAAGCACGUCACUUCAGGCUCGCUCUCUUCCGGCGCCCUGAUGAUCCCGGACGAGAGUUGCAUCCCUUGGUUGGACACAAAAGAACCCAACUCUGUUGUGUACGUGAGCUUCGGCAGCAUCGUCGCAGUAACCAAGAGGGAGCUGGUGGAGAUGGCUUGGGGUUUGGCCGACAGCAAGCAGCCAUUCCUGUGGGUGGUCCGGCCGGGACUGGUGACGGGCUCCCCGUGGCUGGAAGCCUUGCCGGAUGGGUUUAUAGAGAGUCUGGGAGGAAGAGGGCACGUGGUGAAAUGGGCCCCACAGGGACGGGUGCUGAGUCACCCGGCAGUGGGAGCAUUCUGGACCCAUAACGGGUGGAACUCAACCCUGGAGAGCAUAUGCGAAGGGGUUCCGAUGAUUUGCAUGCCGUGUUUUGCAGACCAGAAGGUGAAUGCCAAAUACGCGAGCGAGGUUUGGAAGGUUGGGGUUCAGUUGGGGAAGGAGAUUGAGAGAGGAGAGGUGGAGAAGGGCAUCAAAAGAAUAAUGGUGGAGGAUGAAGGGAAGGCUAUGAGGGAGAGAGCGUUGCAGUUGAAAGAGGAGGCCAGUCUGUGUCUUAAACAAGGAGGCUCCUCCCGUCGUUCCCUGGAUCGCUUAAUCACUCACAUCUUGUCAUGUAAUAGUAAUAGACAGUGAGCAGACUCACUGCUACCGCUGCAAUAAGCUCGUUUCACUGCAUGCGGUUCUCUUGGCGGUUGAUUGGGAUGAGAUUAUGAGUCCGAUCAAUCAACCUGUAAUUUCGAGUCUCCAAUAAUCAAAGUACAAGACGACUCACCAGAGGGACGUGAAUUGUAAAAUAUAA